ACACCCCCUCCACUAGGACUUCAUGGUACUCAGGGAAAAACCUGAGGAGUGCAAGAGCCGGUCAGUGCUGUCAGUGUGCUGGUAAAAUGAGCCAGAUCGAGACGCGACUCCCUCUCAAACACUUAACAAGACGACAUCUUCAACGCGUCUAAUCUUGUAUUGCGAGUUAUCACAGCUGGCGAAUUUCUAACCGUUUACUCGGCUACCUAACGUUGAUCAAUUGUUCCUUCUGUGCGCUGUGGCUGAUUCUCUGUUGCGCUGGAUCUGUCGUGUCAGAAGAUGUGUGUGGAGAGCGAUGGAUGCGAGAUAGAGGGCUGCAGCAGUUCUGACGAGGUGCACACUCUCUCGGGCAGCAUGAGUCCUGGACUGAAAUCCAACCCGGACCUCCAUCCCUGCAAGCCCGGGCAGAAAUUUCGAGCCGCGCUGCUCAGAUGCCGGUCUCCGGCCGCUGCGGCUGGGAUUCUCAGUUUUGGGAAUGUGCUCAAUUACAUGGACAGAUACACUGUGGCAGGGGUUUUGCUCGACAUCCAGAGACACUUCAAUGUAUCGGACAGUGGAGUGGGCUUGUUGCAAACAGUUUUCAUCUGCAGUUUCAUGGUGGCAGCGCCCAUCUUCGGUUACCUGGGCGACCGUUUCAACAGGAAGAUCAUCCUGAGCUGUGGCAUCUUCUUCUGGUCCGCCGUCACCCUCUCCAGCUCCUUCAUCACCAAAGAGUAUUACUGGCUGUUCGUCCUGUCCCGAGGCCUGGUGGGGAUAGGUGAAUCCAGCUACUCCUCCAUCUCUCCUACAAUCAUCGGAGACCUCUUCACCAAUAAUAGCCGAACCAUGAUGCUCUCUGUCUUCUACCUGGCUAUCCCCCUGGGAAGCGGGCUAGGCUACAUCCUGGGCUCCAGUGCAAAGGAGGCUGCAGGAGACUGGCACUGGGCAUUGAGGGUAUCUCCAGUGCUGGGGAUGACAGCAGGGACCCUGAUCCUGUUCUUCGUGCCUGAGCCAAAGAGAGGCCAUGCUGACCAGCUAGGAGGGCGCAUCAAACAUCGCACCUCCUGGCUCUGUGACAUGAAGGCCCUGGCCAAGAACCGUAGCUAUGUCUUCUCCUCCCUGGCGUCUGCUGCCGUGUCGUUUGCCACGGGGGCAUUUGGCAUGUGGAUCCCUCUCUACCUGUUCAGGGCUCAGGUGGUACAGAAGACAGCAGAGGCCUGCACUAAAGACAUCUGCAGCAGCAAGGACAGUCUGAUCUUUGGUGCGAUCACGUGUGUUACGGGGCUGUUGGGGGUGGUGAUCGGGGCGGCCACCACCCGCCUGUGUCGUCAGAAGACGGAGCGGGCAGACCCCCUGGUGUGUGCCGUCAGCAUGCUGGGCUCAGCCAUCUUUGUCUGCCUCAUCUUCGUUGUGGCCAAGAAGAGCAUCAUAGGAGCUUAUGUCUGUAUCUUCAUAGGGGAAACGCUGCUCUUUCUGAACUGGGCCAUCACGGCGGACAUUUUAAUGUAUGUUGUCAUCCCGACUCGGAGGGCCACAGCGGUUGCCUUCCAGGGCUUCACUUCCCAUCUCUUGGGGGAUGCUGGAAGCCCAUACCUCAUAGGCCUGAUAUCGGACGCCCUCCAGAAGAGCUACACUAGGUCGGUGCUAUGGCAGUUCCUCAGUUUGGGUUAUGCCCUCAUGCUCUGUCCCUUCGUCAUCGUCCUGGGUGGCAUGUUCUUCUUGGCAACCGCCCUCUUCUUCCUCGACGACAGGGACAAAGCAGAGAAACAAUUGGCAGCAAUGACGCGACCACCCUCCUCAGUAAAGGUCUCCUGAGGAGGGGCCGUCCUUGGGAGGAAGCAGAGGCUCUGCAUGCUGCGCUGAACGAGGGAGGAUGAAAGAGAGCGAGAGAGAGAGAGAGGCAGCUGAUCCACGUCUUUAUACCCGAGCCAUCCACCUUUAACUUCUUCGUCCUCUUCAUCACCACCCUCAUCAUCACUUUUCUUAUUUAACAUGUUGUGUGGAGGCUGUUACUGUUUAUAACUGGAAAGAGGGAGCGCUUUGUUUAACCCUAUAGAAGCCUCUGUCACACCACUCCAUGGACUGGCAAAUCACACAAAGCAGUGUGCUGAAGCCAGCCAAUCGUCUCGGCAGCUGAUGGCCUCUGACCUUUUCGGGUUGUCUACUAAGAGCGAGUCACAGAACCACCUGGCCCCUCCCCAGUGCUAUACUACUGAAUGCUGAACAUGGACCUGCCCUAUCUGUCUGUCUGUCCGUCCAAAUGUCUGUCUGUCACAUGGCCUGUCAAUCUGCACCAAGUGCAAUAUCAUGACAUUCCACCACACAGAGGUUCUGCACUGACUGCCGUCACUAUAACAACCACCACAACCAUCAAAACCAGGAAGUCACUUAAUAAAGACCAAAAAAAUGUAUAAAUAGUGAACAAAGUCAGUGACCCCAUUUCUCUCUCUCCGUCCACCAUGACAUUCACGUCUGAUGAUCCAUCCAGCCAGCCUUAAGACUUUGAGCGUAUACAUUAAUGACACACAGUGCAGGCAGGUUUCUUAUUUUCUUUUCACCCCCCCCCCCCCCCCUUCCAUGUUAUAUUUUGUUUCUAUGUCUUUUUAGCACUUAUAUUUAAACAGUGCCGGCCACACCGUACCAUACUCAGUAAGUGAUCAAAGAUUUUGUUUAUUCUACUAUGUGAUGUUGGAUAUGAAACUGGAGGUUAAUUCUUGAUUGCCUAUGAUUGUUUCAGUAGGCUUAAGGUGAGACCUGCCCAGCUCAUUGAUGAAAGGACACUGGAGUAGUACAUCUUUUAUAGUUAUUCUAAUGUAAAUUUCAAAAAAAUAUGUAAAUGCUCCAUUUUAACCUAUAGAAGCAGUUUUGAAGGGGUGAACUAUAUACUUGUUUUUACCCUGCUUUGAAGGGAGCGAUGCAUUCUAUACAUCGGGAGAAGGAGCCUAGCAUGUAUUGGCCCUAUCUGUGAACAAUGUUCCUUUUUAACAAAUUUAUCUCAGAUGGUUGGAUUUGAGGUUCCGGACUGGAUACACCACCCACAUUGAAAGAGAGUGACAGUGGCACCUUUUAAUGGUGGAUAAGAUUUACUAUCCCCAACUAGUCACAAUAGCUGUCUUUGUGCACACACAGGGAUUAUUUUACCCCUUGUGGAUAUCCCAUUCCUGGAGUUGAGGAAAGAAAAGGACCCUUAAAAGAGGGAGCCUCAGUCGGUUGUAGUCAUAAGUUAAUUAGCCACAGAAAUCAAACCCUUCGAAAGGCAUCAUAUUGGCCAGGUUAAAUUGGAGGAGUUUUUACCCUUAUUCACCCUCAAAUGGGGACUAGGAGUUGUGGCAUUGGAAAAAAAGCACUGCUUUCAUAGGAUACAGAAGGAAAUGCAAUUUUUAUCUCGGAUUCACUAUGUACACAAUAGAGAUUAUCCUUUACUGCCUAUGUCAUAUACUAGUAGACCAUUCUAUGCAUCAGUUUGGGCAUCAUAUUUGACAAGUUUAUGCAAUAUCAUGCAAUCUAAUCUAUCAUGCAAACAUAAUAUGUCAAAGAGGAAGACAAUAAUCACUUGUAGGACGAAUUCUGUACUUUACAACGCAACGAAAGCAACUUUUCUCCAGCGCACAACUCUACAGAAGGAAUAUGUGGCUUCAUGUUUUCUAUUGAAAGGAAAGCACCGUGUAGAACUUGUUGCGAAAAUGUGUGGAAAUUUCGUGGUAGAUUGAAUUCAUUGGGUAGGCUUUGAAAUGGUUAUUGUGUAGUAACGUAUGGGUCUGACUCAUCUUGGCUUGGUGUGUGUGUGGGGGGGGGGGGGGGGGGGGGGGGGGGGGGGGUCGUGGGAUGAUGGAUGUGUCUCUAUUGCCAGUUAAUUUGUCUCAGCUUCCCUCGCUAGAUCUGUGACCCAAAUGGUACCCUAUCAAGUGCACUACUUUUGACCAGGGCCCAUAGGGCUCUGAUCAAAGGUAGUGCACUAUAUAGGGUAUUAUUUCAGAAGCAGGCAUAAACUGUGAGGAGGAGAGCUCUCUGAAUGUGAUUCUAUCCGACCUGAUCUGUUUACUCGGCAACAUCAUCUUAAUCAAGUUUCUUAUCUUUCUUUUCUUUCUUUUGUGGACUUUCUUUUUAUACAAAUUAGUUUUAUAUAUGACUGCAAUAGAGAUAUAUAGCUAUAUUAUGCAGUGAUUUUAAUAUAUUGUAAAUGAUGGCUUGGAUGCAAUGUAUUUAUUUGUUUGUUAAAAGUAGAUUGAAGAAGAAUCCGUAAAGGGAAGUUGAUGUUUUAAGUAUACUCUUAAGUAUACACUUUAUUGUCUCUUUGGGUUAAGAAAGGCUCCUACGUCUGCAUUCAUCAUAUUGUAUUGCAAUGAAACAACACAAUACCUUUUUACAUCACUGAGAAUCCUUGUGUUUACUGUGAUCAUGAAUUGGAUAUCACACACACACACACACACACACGCGCGCAAACGCACAGACACACAAACACAUACACAGGGAACUGCGUCGUUAACCGUUUUAUAACCGAAGUAUUGUUCUAUGCUCUAUUGCUCAAUGCUUCAUUUUGUAUUUUCAAAAGUGUCGCUUCUUUUUCUAGACCAACAAAUCAAAGUAUUUUGCACGUUAAUUUUCAUUUGAUUGAGAGAGUGAUAUUCAGGGAUUUAUUUGUAACCCAUAACUGGCAUGUUGUUCUAGAAUCCACUUCACACAUUCUAUAGAACUCUGUAGAACACUCUCCCACCCAGCACAGAACCCUUUCAUGCUGGCAUUCUGUCUUAGAACAACAGUAGAGGGGCAAAUUGUUUUGUUUGGAUGGGUUAUGAAUGGAGGUUCACACAAUUCCAAAUUUAUAUAAUUUAGAUCAAAUAUCCUUUAGAAGUAAAAACCUAAUUUGUAUGGAGUAAUUCUAUUUGAAUAAUCACAGGAGUGAUGUAUUGAGAAUGUGCUCUUUCUUGUCAUACAAGAAUCAUGUAAAAAGAGGCCUAUUUCUGAUAUUGAGCAGAAAACAGAGGUUAUUUUUAUUUUUAGAAUAACUGUGUUAAAAAGAAGUGAAAAAGAAAAUACAAGCGAUCAACAAAAUUAUUCUAGAACUUAACUGUGACACUCCCUCAGGGGGUGAUAUGAAAUGUACACCUAUAUGUAAAUGAUCAAAUAAACGUAUUUAAUCAAA